UGGCGACAAACCGAAACGUCACAUGGUUGCCAUAUUUGCGUUUCAAAACAAUGUAAUCGCUAUGCUCGCAACGCCGAAAUACCACAGGGCCUCAAAGAAAUCGUCCAGGAAAGUCUGCGAAAAUAUCUAAAUGAAAUGAUUUACUCGGCAGGAAAAUAUACAUGAAGUCAAAAUAUCGUAAAAAAUGCCAGCAAGAUUUGAAUACAGAAUAAAGUGAUGAGAGACACAGUUUUUCAUUGCUUUCAUUUGAACAGAAUAUGACCUCAAAUGCGAUUGACUCAUUCUUUGACUCUGAUGGAGAUCAAGAAGAACCUUUUACCUUGAAAGGAGAAUACCAUCGGGGCGUCACCCCGCCCUCGCAAUUUUCAAACUCGCCCCACGACGACAAACCCGACUCUGGGAGCAGAAAAAACGGAAAAGCCUCGCCCCAUCACUCCAGAUCCUCUACUUCUGGCAAUUUCACAGGAGAAUCGGACACCAUGUCGAAUAAGAGAGAUUCAUCUGGGUCGUAUUAUGACCGCUCAAGGUCGAGGUCAAGGUCAACUUCGCCUAGUUACAGAAGGUCAAGAUCAAGGACGCCUGACUAUUCAGACUCGUUUGACUCUGAGGAUUCCAUGCAGGAUUCAAGAAGAGCAUCCCCGGUGAGGAAUAAAAAAUCAACUCGGAGAACUACUGCAUCUACGAGCAGGUACAGCUCAGGGACUAGCAAGGAUAGUAGAUCAACGUAUCGGUCGUAUGGAAGCAGCUAUACAACCAGAACAACGAAACCUAGUGUAAAGAAAGGUGCUCCAAAGAAGAAAGGUGGAGGAAGAUCACAAAGUGUGACUGGCUUACAGCAAUCUCCAAGGAGCACAGAGGUGACAAGAAGAAUGCUAUCUGCCAAAGGACACACCAUCAACAAACUACGGAGUGACUUUGAUGAUUUACGGCGAAAAUAUGACGAUGCCAUCAGGGAAAAUAAGUUGAUGAAACAACUGCAAAGACGCCAAGAGGCGGCCCUUGCAAAGUUUGAGGACAAAGAUGAGGAACUGCCUCAAUUGCUGCGAAGUCAUGCAGCGGAAGUGGACAAUCUUCGAGAGAGGCUGCGGAGGACACAGGACAAGGAGAAGGAUAAGGAUAGGAGAUUGAAGGACAAGAAUGAAGAGCUGAAUAGGUUGAAUGAUGAAGUGAAGAAACUUAGACACUUAGCCGAGAACAAGCAUCUCCUUGACAGGGAUAAGCUGCAGAGGAAAGUUGACAAGCUUCAUGAUAACUUGGAUGAGAAGGAAAGAAGAGUAACUGAGCUUGAGAAACACAUUGAGAAUGUCAAGAAGAAUGUCAAGCAUGACAGUGAGCAGUGGAAGCAACGUGAACGGGAGUACAGAGCCAGAGUUUCCUACCUUGAAGACGAAAAUCAAACCAUCAAAUUCCAACUCAAAGAAAAAGAAAAAGAGCUUGAAAUCAGGAACAUUUACAGUAAUCGCGUGAUGAAACCUCCCACAAAGCUCAACGCCACCCUCGACUCUUCUCCAAGGCCGCUUGCGCAGACACGAGCCACCUCAAAUGAUGACAUCAAGAACUCCAAACCAAAGCCAACCAUCAAGAGGUCAUCAUCGGCAGAGGAAAAGCGAAAGGUGGACCAUACACCAAGGGCACCCGAACCGGAAGUGAAGCAAGAAGAAAAGAAGGUGUCCCCAAGAAAAGAGAAGAAAAAGGAGAAGGAACUCUCGGAACAUGAAAAGAUCUUGAUGGAUCUUGAUGGUGGUUUCAAACCUGCUCCGCCCAAGGCUGGGAAGGAAGAUGAUAUCCUCAAAGAUUUGGACAAUGAGAUUAAGAAGAGGGAAAGGCAGGAGGAGGAAAAGAGGAGGACAGAGGAAAGAAGGAAGAGAGAAAAGGAGGAAGAAAAGAAGCGGAAAGCUGAAGAAGAAGAAAGGAGGAGACGGUUAGAGCAAGAAGAGGAGGAAAGGAAGAAGAAAGAAGAAGAGGAGCGGAAGGGUCAGCUAAGCUUCUUUUCGGGUCCUAAAAAUCCUUAUCAAUCUUCCAAGACCAAGGCAAAAACCUCUGCUUACGAGCCUUAUUUCCCAUCAAGCAAUAAGAGCAAUGCCAACACCUCUAAGGCCCCGGGAUCAAACUCUUUCAAUGAAACGGGGUCGUACAAGCCAUCUUUUGCCAACUCCUCUAAGCCUCGGGUCAUAGACCCUCCCAAAGAAACAGACUCUUACAAGCCGUCGUUCUUGCCAUCGACUAGCACACCUCCAAAGAGGGCGGAAGAAGCAAAAAGGGAAGUUGGUGGGGGUGGGAGGUUGGGAAGACAAGAAGAAAAGAAGCCAUUUUGGUUGAGGACUGAUGAGAGAAAGGACAGUCCAAGAAGAACAAGGGAUAUUUCACUGGAGAGAGAAAGAAAACAGAAAGAAGAAGCACUUGUCAAAUCUUCCACUUUCAUCACCGAGGACAACCCUCCCAAAACACCUAUCUUUGAUGACGCGUCUUCUGAUGAGGAAGAUAACAUUCCUUUCUUUGGCUCCAAGCCUAAGAACGCCCCACCCUCCAAACCUAAGGGUGCCCCGCCCUCCAAGCCCAGUAAUUCUGUGGCUGCAGUCAAUAGCGUCAGAGACCUGCACAAGUACUCCAGUAAUAUUCGGCAGAAUAGCGGCAGUAGCAAGCCAGACUCAAGAGAGAGUGGCGAUAAUAAUGAGAGAAAACGAGAGGAAGAAGAACUGGCUGCACAGAGGAAGAAGCAGAAGGAGGAGUCUGAGAGGCUUGCCGAGGAACGUAGAAAGAAGGACCUCCUCCUUGCCAAGAUGAAAGAGAUUGAUAACAAGCCGGAAUCAAGGGGCAGCAAGAAAGAAUACAAAUUCACACAGCCAAUAGAGAAUCUACACAACGGUAAGCCUUCCCAUCCAGAUCUUUUGGGAUCCCCUCAAUCAACACCAAAGAAAAAACCUGCAGCAGACUCUGACACCUCGUUUGGAGGUUACGCCCCUUCCUUCGGGCGCCGUGCUGCAGCGGGGGAUAAACCACCCAUCAAGAAAGGCGGGUUGUUUGAAGACGAUGACGACGACAGCGAUGAUUUCUUUGCAACGCCGAAACCAAAGCAGGCGGAUAAAUCCAAGGACUUGAUGUCUAAUCUUUUUUCGGACAAUAAAUCAACCACACCAAACAAAGGCAGAAAUUCUUUCGAGGGGUCUAUCUUCUCGACGUCGACGAAGGCGAAGCCGGUCGCAGACAGCACCACGUUGCCAUGGGAGAAGAAGACGCAACAGGGCAGUCUCUUCAAUCAAUCGAACAAACCAAACGGCUUGACCGUCAACGUGCCAAAGUCCAGUUUUGAUGACUUUGAUGACGAUAUCGAGGAAGUGAUUUUAUGAUGAGGUCAUGAAAGAGACUAAUGCAGAGAAAUUAUUUCAUCAAUCUGUCUGUAUGCAAGUGAAAACAACUCAUUUUAGUUUGUUUGCAGCAGUGCAGCAUGGACUUUCCCUGUAAUGAUAAGAAUUGAUAUUCUGACAUUUUUUAACAUUCCAUGGUAUUAAUUGCCUUUGCACUUUGAAAGCUUAUAUGUAGAGGCACAAGUUGGUCAGCCACUCCAAAUCAUAUCGAAAAAGUAUUUUUUUGUUUAAUAUUCAUGAAGCUUU